ACAAUGCAGUGCACAGGUAAAAUACCUGUAAAAAUCAAUAUGGAGAAUUUCUUUAUAUUAAUAGAGUACACUGUGGCCUAUUUUUACAGAUUUGUUUUUUGAGUGUACUGUUAUACAUUUAAUUGUGUACAUAUAAAAUUAGAUAAAUAUAAAUGUGGUUUAUAUACAACAGUAAGUAGCUUUAAAAAAUAUUUUAGGCUCCGUUUUAGGCUCUGUUUCUCCAUAUGCAUAUUUGAUGUUGACUUAUAUAGAGCUUUACUAGCCUUGAGAGGCACAUAGUUUAUGAAUAAUUGACUAUGUGGUAUCCUGUAACUGUUUUGUAGAAGUGCUAUGCUGCGAGUUUAAGUUUCCUUUUGCCUAGUGACUAUUAGGCUACAGAAUACCAAUACAAGAAUUCACAGAAGCAGAUUUUGGAGGACAUUUCAUGGUUUGUUUUCUGCAGCAGUGAGGUAUAGAUCAUGUGUCCAGAGAUGUUAUCAUCUAUGAAGAAUAUUAAAGUUCAGAGGAUACAUAUUGAUGGAAAUUUGGUUGAUCAACUUUGUGGAACAUCACUCAUAGCAGAAGAAUGACAGGACACUCAGAGGAAGAGGCGACAUCUCAGUCUCUGAAGGAGAGCAUAGAAAAACGUGUAUCAUUUCCCCCAGAUGAGCAGAUGGUAUCUGACUUUGUGGAGAGAAGGCCUGAACUUCAAGAGGCUGGCAGUCUCACUCUGACAGAUAUAAUUCUGGCCUACAAGCAGAGCUGUGAAAAGCACCACGUGGAACCAAACCCAAAGGCUCUUGAACAGUUAAAGCAAAUUACUUGUGUUACUGACAGAGCCAGGUGUUUUGACCUGUCAGGUAAGUUCUUUAAUUCAGUAUUUAUUAUUUUUGCUAUCCCUCUUGAAAAGUGUUAUUGGUUUUUCAAAGCUAAACACCACCAUAAAAAUCCCUCAGUUCUAUUAUUUCACCUGAGACACUCAUCCCUUCAUCCAUCCAGGUAUUCCAGCUUUAUUCAUCUUUCCAUCAGCAUGUAUUUGGCAUCACUAAGCUACCACAACUUUGAUUGGGCAUUAGACUCCGCCUUUGACGCAGCCUCGUUAUCGGGCGACCGCCUCGACCUGAAAUCGUUUACGGGCACCCUCCAUCGGCAUUCGGACAUUGAUUCCAGCAGAAGUGAUCUUGAAGUGCGGUCUCUCGUGAACCUCACGUAUCUGCACAUGGCAGAGGGGAACGUCCUCCUGACGGCAGCCGGCCCCGCUCCUCGGGAACGUCCUCUAGACGGCAAAAACUUCCCUCCUGGGAUUUCUGAUCCCCCCGCUUCCUCUGGACGGCAUGCCGAUGUGGACGUUGACCCCCUUGGGAACAUUUUGGCGUUUGCGGAGGAGACGGCGGCCUCGAUUCCGUCCCACGACCAGUCGAAGAUAAGAGUUUAUGAGAAAACAACCAGGGGAAGGGGGCCUCUUGCUAGUUUCUUUCAUAAGGGAGCAUCAUCUUUGCUAGAUAUGUUUUUGUACUACGAGUCAGCUACACACCUCGACGUGUCCUCGAACUCAGGCAUGGGAUUCUCAGGUUGGCUGUCACUGUCACACCUCCUCCGACAGAGUGGAUGCCUGUGGAGGCUGGAUGCUUGCAACAUGCCUAUGGUGGACUACGCCGCGCAGGCCUUGUCAAAAGCCCUUCUCACCAGUAGGCUGACAGUGCUACACCUUGAAAACACCUGCCUGAGCGGCAAACCUCUCUUCACACUUGUUGGUGCUCUGAAAAGGAACGUUGCAUUGCAGGAGCUUUACCUCUCUGAAAACAACCUCAAUGGCUACCAGGACUCCAUGCAACUUGGCGACCUCCUCAAAUACAACAGCACUCUUAAAACUUUGGACCUAAGCAACAAUACCAUGUCUGACUCAGGUUUGGAAGAAAUUUGUGAUGCUUUGAGCUCUCAGAAGACUGGUUUGAGAACACUGAUACUCAGUAACAACCACAUCACUCAUCUUGGCAUGAGCCAUCUACAGAAUGUUCUGCCCCGCUUAAAAACACUCGAAACAUUGAACCUUGGCAAAAACAACCUCGAGAACAGAGGCAUUCACACGUUAAAGGAGUCCCUCAUGAUCAAUCGCUCUUUAUUGCAACUUGGCCUAGCCUCCACAGGAAUAACAUGCGAGGGUGCUGUGACUUUGGCUGAGAUCCUUGCAGAGAGUCCACAGAUCCAGCGUUUGGACGUACGGCAGAACCAGGUGCUUGCUGGGGGCCUCAUGGCUCUGUCGUUGGCCCUAAAGAUCAACUGUUCACUCAUCAGACUGGAUCUGGACCAACAUUUGAAAGAGGAAAAGGAGGACUUCCUGGUUGAAACGCAGAAGAUGCUGGUGAGCAGGAUCUCCGAUGUGUGCGCGGUGAAUGCAACGGCUGCCAAGGGGACGGCUCUGCGGCCUGCUUCUCCAGACCUGGCCGACUGCGCCAAGACCACCUAUCCACUCCCCUUCCAAACAACUGACUAGAAGACAUACAAGCAUAAUAAUUUUAUAACAAAUAACGAUAACCAUAAAACUCCAAAUCCUGGUAAUAAAGCCAAAGCCUCUCUCCCUAAUGAAACAGUGGCCCUCCUGCUGUUUCCUGCCUAAUGUUCCCGCUGAGGCUUCCUCCACUUUCCAUAAAGCAAUUUUGCAAGCCCACUCCCAACGUGAAUCAUCUCGAAACGAAGAGAAGCCUCUCCCUCCAUCUCUCUUUGUGUCCCCGGAGGGUGACACUGACUAAAUCUGUGUUGAUACAGAGGUGUGCUCUAAAUCCUGUUUGCUCGGGUUCCAUCUUCCCUAAUAUUCACAUUCGUGUAUGAGGCCCCUUCCCUGCCUACGUCUGCUAAUGUAGCGUAUCGUCGUCUGGAUGACAAGACGAGUGGCUCAAACUCCCUCGCAUGUAUCGUUUACUGCUGGUGCAGAGAAUCACAAUGUGUGGGAAGGAGAACAUAUGUUAAAUUUAAGAAGCUGGGAUUUACCUCUGCACGGGUCUUAGUUUACAUGCGCUACUCAACACUAGCCAACAACAAAGGACAAAAUGCUUUUUCAUUUAGUUUACAUAGUGGAUGCACAUGAAAAGGUGUUAUAUCUGAAAAUAUAGGUGUCUUUUGUGGAACUCGCACUAAAUACCAUCUGCCGUGUGUCUUUAAAAUUCAAGGUAAUUAAGAAUAUGUUUGGUAAACGAAAAACAACCUUCUGAAAUGCAAUAAAUGAGAGUUUGAAUGCAGAGAUUGAGUUUGUAAAUUUGAUUUGAAUUUCCGUUAACAUUUCUCCACACUCUGUAUAAUUAUAGUGUUUAAAAAAAGGCUUGUGUGUGUUUUUUAAUCAAUUAGAUUUAAUUUCUCCAACACAUACCAUUAAUGAAUUACCAAUUAAUGGUGUUAACCUAUUAAUUCUUCUUC